GGGCUUGGGGCAGCCCCUGUCCCCACGUGACGCCCGCGCCGCGCGGGGGCGGCUCCGGUUCAUUCAUAAAUCCCGGGGCCGCACCGAGCGCAGCGGCGGCGAUGGAGCCCCGGUCCCGGUUGUAGGACACAUUCGGGCCGGGACGGACCAUGAGCGAUGACCCGACACCCUGGGACAACGCGACGGAGAGCGUCACGGCGGUGCCCGGCGAGGUGUCCCCCCAGGAUGGCUACGUGCUGCUCCUGGCCCUGCUCUCCAUCUUCAUCGGCGGUACCCUGGUGCUGCUCUCGGGCAUCCUGAUCGUCUGCCGCCGCUGCUGCGAGGCUGACCGCCGCCACUCCAGAGCCAGCGAUGACCCUGAGAAGACCAACACCACCUACCUGGAUGACUCGCAGCCUGCCCAGGAUAUCACCAUCAAAGUGGAGGACCCGGACUGCCUCUCCUCCUCCAGCUGCCGGGAUGCGGAGAGCGAACGGUUCCUGUCCUCCAGCUCCUCCACCGCCCGCAGGGUCUCCUUCAACGAGGCUGCACUCUUCGACCAGGGCAAGAAGACCCAGGAGAAGGGGAGGAGGUACACGCUGACGGAGGGGGACUUCCACCACCUGAAGAACGCUCGCCUGACACACCUGCACCUCCCGCCGCCUGCCCUCAAGAUCGUCACCAUCCACGAGUGUGAGUCCAGCGAGAACAGCCUGGCCAUGACCCCCCGCCUGCCCCCCGCCAAGCCCGGCCUCGCCAUCUUCCAGUCCCCCGGGGGGGCCCUGCCCCAGCCGGCGCUCCCCAGCCAUGCAGUCUGCCCCAGCUCUGCCCUGCCCGGGGACACCUACAACUCCACCGUGGACACCAGCUUCACCGAGGCCAGCCCAACCACCUCCUCCGACUCUGGGGAGGGCCCCUCGUUCGCAUCAGCAGCGCCCAGGAGUGGGAAGGUGGCUGGGGUGGUCAGUGCCAGCCCCGGGGAGUCCCCCCCGGCCCCCCCCCAGGGCCCAGUCCUGCAGUUCUUCAGCCGCCUGCGCCGCCACGCCAGCCUGGACGGGGCCAGCCCCUACUUCAAGAUCAAGAAGUGGAAGCUGGAGAGCACCCAGCGGGCAUCCAGCCUGGACACCAGAGGGUCCCCCAAGAGGCGCCAGUUCCAGCGGCAGAGGGCGGCCAGCGAGAGCAUGGACCAGGAGGACCGGGACCCGCACCAGACCGACAUCAUCCAGUACAUCGCCCACACCGACGACGUCGCCUUCCACCCUGCCAGCAGCCCCUUCCUGCCCGCCCCCGCCAGCCCCCCACCCUCUCUCGGCAGGCUAGAGCCGGGCGAGGGGGCCGCGGGCAGCCCCGGUGAUGCCGGAGUCCCGGAGCAGCCCAGCGCCUACCACGACAUCUGGAGCCUGCGCGCCUCGCUGGAGCUCUACGCCUCCUCCGAGCGCAGCAACGACCAGGACUCGGUGCGCAGCGACGGCGGGGACAGCGUCUCCUCCACCGGCGGCGUGGGGCCCUGCCCCUCUUCCUCCCUGGAUGAGGCUGAAGUCCCCGAGGAGAAGCUCUGGGGUCGGCCCAAGCCCGAGGAGUCGGAGCCCGGCACACGGAAGCUGCUGCAGAUGGACAGCGGCUACGCCUCCAUCGAGGCGCCCAGCCGGGGGGGCGAGGAGGGACCCCCCAAGGACCAGACGGCCUCCGAGAAGCGAAUUUGCUUCACGAGCGCGGGGCGCAAAGGGACCAUCUUCGAGAGCUUCGAGGGCAGGGAGCCGGAGGAGGAAGAGGACGAAGAAGAGGAAGAAGACGAGGAAGGGACCACCUCUUGGGGCGCCGUGGGCGGGAUGGGGGGGGUCUCCCCGCGUCCCCACAGCCCCCUGGCUUGGUCCCCUUACGGUCAGAUGUUCCCCGGGCGGGAGGCUACGCCCCGGCGGGAUUACAGCAUCGACGAGAAGACGGACGCCCUGUUCAACGCCUUCGUGCGCCACGACCCCCAGUUCGACGAGUCCCCGCUGCGGGGCAAGCACCGCUCCCGCACGCACCUGCGCAAGCAGUGGCAGCACACCAAGCAGUACAGCGACCCCGGGGUGCGCUACCCCGAGCGCCACCGCACGCCCCUGCGCCGCGGCGACAGCGCCAACUCCCCCCUGGACUCUCGCUUCCACAGCCCCCUGCCCCGCAUCGUCAGCAACGCCGACGAGGAGGCGGCCGAGGCGGCCGAAGGGGUCCCCAGCGCCCCUCCUUUGCCCGACCCUGAGAUCCAGGUGAUCGUGGAGGAGCCUGGAGAAGCGGCCCCCGAGCCCAAAGCGGGCUCCGAGCCCCCCGGGGGUGACGACGAUGAUGAUGACGGCGGCGGCGACUGCCCCGGUUCCGGGAGGUGCUUGGGACUGGGCUCCGGUUCGGAGCUGCUGGACAAGAUCGCGGGGGGCCUGGAGGAGAGGCUCUACGGGCACCUGAGGGAGGCGGGAGCCGGCGCCGAGCAGCACAUGGUGGCCGUGGCCACCAGCGACGCCCCCCCCGACCACAGCCCUGUCUAGGCCCAGCGCGGGGGGGGCAGAGACCCCGGCACAGGGCUUCGGGGUCCGUCCCCUCCUGCUGCCGGCGGUGGGGACCAAGCCGGUGCCCAGGGGCACCGCAGGAAGGGUGGCCCUGGCGUGAGAAGGCCAGGAGGGCACUUGGGGUCCGCUGGCUGUAAACACCCCCCCGCCCCCCAAACUGUGGUGGUGGGGGCCGACAGAGUGGGGUGGCCGAGCCCCCUUGCUCCCGGGAGCGAGGUGCCAGGUGGAGGGCGCAGGCUGGGGGUGCCCGGGGAGGGGUCGGGGUGCAGUGACGUCAGCACCGAGGGACUCCGCUGACGAAGCUCCAAACCCAGCUGGGGCCCGGCCCCGACUCCCCCCGCAGAGCUGUAGCAGAUCCGAUCAGCUCCCCCCUGGAUUUUACAAGCAAUAACGGGGAACAGCCUCGCCAGGAGGGGGCCAGAGCUGGGCACACCCCCCCCGCCCCCGGCCAGCUGCCACGGUGCUGCCCUUGGCGGGGGGCAGUUAUCUGGGGACGGGGGAGUCACCUCCUUAAGCCACAACCACUCCCCCCCCGCCCUAGUUCUGCAGGGAGCCUGGGAUCUAAACUGGAAAAGGGAGGCUGGGGGCAGCAGGAUGCUCAAGGAGCUUUUUCAUCCCCCAUGGAGGGGGGUGGAGGGGGGCAGCAUGGGUGAGACGGGGACCCCACAGCAGCGUCCUGAAGGUUGGGGAGGCAGGACCAGCCCUGUCCCCCCCACUCCCUCCCCCGGCCCCCUGCUCUAAAUACCCCCUCGUAGGGGUGGGGGCUGCCCCUCUGCCUGGGCAAGCAGGGUGAUGGCAGAGCGUGGGGGCAGCAUGUGCCAUGGGGUGACG